AUGAACAUUCUAAGCGCGCUUACUUCUUAUUUUGACGAAACAAUCAUCGAUAACUGGUCUCACAUUAGUUGCCUUGAGUAUUUAGCAAAAGUGUGUCCAUAUCUAACGUCAGAAGACCGUAUUGAAAUCCUUGAUAGUUACAAAGCUAAAUUACGCUCAAUAAACUUAAGUAAAUCAGUGCUUCAAAAAUCAAGGACAAAGGCCAUUAAGCUCAUUGAAAAUGCAGAUCGCUCAUUUAAACGUAAUGAAGUUACUUUGUUUUUCGAAGAAUUAGACACACGGGUUAAUACGAAUGCCACAAAUAAUCUCGCAAAUGCAAAAGGAAAUUUGCUUGAGUCAAAGCUGAGGGUCCAUGCAUUCAAUAACAUUAUCGAUCUUGAAUCUGGCGAAGAUCCGGUGGCGAGCAGGAAAAGAAAGCAUAGUGAGGAAGGAGAUGGUUCAAAAACACCGCCACUUAGAUCUCCUCCGAACGAAGAUUCCCUUCUUGAUACUCCGAAUAAACGUCAGAUGUCUGACGAAAAAAUUAUUAACUAUCUUAAUGCCAUGGAGCAAUCAUUGAAGCAAAAUCAAGUCACCGUUCAGACGCCUUCUUUGUGGACGGAAUCUCUAAGUUCUUAUAUCGACAAAGUUUUGAAGAAAUCAGGAGACGAGUUUAAGACGGAGAUUAUGCGGAAAAUAGAGGGUGACGAAAGUAACGAGUUUCGUCUUUACUGCGAAAAAGUUCUAAUGGACUUCUAUAAUCUAGUAGAUAUAUUUCCGAAUCUUUCGAGAAAAAUAGGUGAAAGAAAAUAUAUUGUACAAAAUAUUUCUUCGUUAUUUAAAUUUUACGAAUCCACGUUUGGAAAUUUGUAUUUCGACUGGAUUGAGACGCAUUCACCGGCAUCUAAAUUAACAAAAUCACGUACUUACUCCGGCAUUGUCAAGGUGGAUGCGAAAGGCGUUCGGGUCUUUGAUGAUAAAGAGAUUUUCCACGCUGAAGUAUCGGGUCCGCCGUCGUCGUCGUCAUCACAACAUGGACAUGCUGUCAACGAUACAACAAAAUCUAUACAUACUGACAUCUUGAACCUGAUUGCGAUCCUACUUGACCACCUUCGAGCUCCGGUAGAAAAUGCAACUAAAAUAAAAGUUUUUAGUUUGCAAGCAAUUGAAUAUCGUAUAACGUUAUACUCGCUUAAUAUGUCAAAAAAUGGUACUUUUUUGACUUCCGAAUUGUAUUCUACCUUGUUACCAUUUUCAUUCGAUGCAAUAUCAAAGUACAAGGGAGUCCUCUAUAUGAUGGCGAUUUUCCACGAAGAGAUUACGAAACAAAUUUCAAUUAUGAAAAAUCUUGAUUUAACAAUCGGUCAUAACGAAGGAA